AUGUCGCUGAUAAUCUUAGCAGUUUAUAUUGAUGCAUUUGGCAGAAAACGCGAUGCUGUCACCCAUCGAGCAAUCAUCGAAAUAUACGAAGGAAAGCAUUCUUAUUCUGCCACGGAUGCUCUGGCAAUGGCAGAAUUGUAUAAACUGCCCUACAAAAUCCCAUCGCUGGAUACCAGUUCUUUCACUGGGCUCGAUGCCAACAAACAUCCCUACCCCUCAUCUUUUUUUGUUACCUCGCCAAAUAUGUACAAAAUACCUGACAUAACAGAGGACUCCGAGGACGUCACCAUUCGAACAGAUGGCCGCUACGGAUACGGCGAUUUCACAUUGUGUCCACAGUGGUACUUUCAGGGCACUUACUAUCUCCCCUACGUUAGCCGCAAGCCAUCACUUCUGUCCGACUGUCCCUAUGCUGUCAUGUGGUACAAUUUGAAGGAAACCGACUUCAUUCACAAUCAAACUUCCAUUGUCUCUGGCAUUGGACGUAUCCGUUCCGACCUCCUUGAAAAACUCAUUUCUGCACGUAAACAACUCACUGCCAAGGCUCGUGAACUUGAUAGCGACCCCCGCUUCACUUAUGUUCAACUAUCAGAGCUACGCUACAGCCUUCAAUUGCUUCUAUUUUCUACAGUGGCACUGCAAUGUGCCCCGCAAAACUACACGAUGACUUUGCUCACCUUCACUGGUUGCCAACGCCAUUACUUGGAGGCACUGGCUUGCUACGAUUUUUUGAUGAAAUACCGAGAUAUGGAGAUCAACGAGUCGGUGAAAGAAGUCCCGGUGAAUGACAGGCUAAUGGGGUGCUUGACCACCUCUGUCGAAAUUGCUACGGAGAUGUAUUAUUGA